AUGAAUACUCGAAAACGGCGAUAUUGGUGUGGAUAUGUAUAUAUUAUCUCUUUUGCUUCACCUUUAUUUAUUUUGUUAAUUAAUUUUCAAAUUUUUGAAUGGAAACCAAAUAUAUAUGAUCAAAAUGAAAAUCGGCCGAAAUAUUGCGACCAAUCCAUUAUACGCAAACAUUAUAUGUAUGAUCAAAGCCCUGAACAAUUAUUUGCACGUGACCCAAUUCGAACACCUUUUACAUAUGAAAUAUCGAAUGAAAAUUUUUGUUCAUUUAUCAAUCCUCAUGCUCUUAUUUUUGUUGUUUCAAAGUCAACUAAUUUUGGUUCACGUAGUGCUAUUCGUCGUACAUGGGGUAAUUUAAAGCAUGUAACUUCUAUGAAAGAAUUUGCUCAUCUUCGUCUUAAACUUCUUUUUUUCCUUGAUAUUGAUGAAACUCAUUUAUUAAGUGUUAAACUUGAACAAUCAGUUUAUAAUGAUCUUGUUCAAGCUCGUUUACCACAACAUUAUACAUUAUCAACAUAUCGUGAUAUGGCCAUAUUACAUUGGACAGAAGAAUAUUGUUCACAAGCUUUAAUGACAAUAAAAACUGAUGAUGAUAUUUUUCUUAAUAUAUUUUUAUUAGCUAAUCUCUUAAAUAAUAUUACUAGUAAUAUGAUGAUAAAUCGUUCACAAACUGAAUGUAAAUAUAUUCAAAAUUUUGAUUCAUCAGCAAUUAUUUAUGGUGUUAAAUUUAAAGAUGCACCAGUAAUUCGUCAUACGAGUGAUCUCAAAUUAGAUCGAGCUCGUUAUAUUAUAACUGAUGAUGAAUAUCCAUGUACAUAUUAUCCUGAUUAUAUGAGUGGUUUUGGUUAUAUUAUUAAUCAAAAUGCACGUUUAAAACUUUUAUGUGCAUUUUUUCGACUUGAAAAAUUAUUUCCUAUGUCUGAUGCUUAUGUAACUGGUGUUUUACCUGAAUAUAUGAAUAUUAAACGACAAAGUUUACAUUUUAAAAUAAAUUUUGAAACAACGAACAAUUGUGAUUUAUUUUUUCAUAAAAUAAAAGCAUAUGCAUGUGCUUCUUCAUUACAUUAUCGAAAUGAUGAAUCAUCUUCAUUAAUAGAUAUCGAUAUUUUUCAAACAUUUAAUAUCUAUUGGAAACGUGUAUAUUCUAAUCGAUGGAUAUAUAAAAAACAAAUUCGGUAUUUAUAUUACAAUUAA